UCUCUUCCUUCCUCUCCAUUUCACAUCUCCUCUCUCCCUACUCUUCAAUUUCUCCUCUUUCUCUCUCCCUCUAAAACCCUAAUAAGCUUUAUUUUCUUGAAAUGGGAAUAUAUGGAGCUCUAAAUAUAUUUCUAGCUGUAUUAGCUAUAAGUCCAUGUUUUAGCUCAGCUGGAGACAUAGUACAUCAGGACGAUGUAGCUCCCAAGAGGCCUGGCUGUGAUAAUAACUUCGUGCUCGUAAAAGUCCCUACUUCGGUCGAUGGUGUUGAAAACAUCGAGUAUGUUGGUGUUGGUGCUCGCUUUGGUCGUUCUUUGGAAUCAAAGGAAAAAAACGCCAAUAAAACGAGACUGGUUUUAGCAGAUCCUCCUGAUCUUUGCAGGCCACCCAAAAAAAAGGUUUUCAAAUCCUGUUCUGUUUGCGAUACAGUCAUCCAUUUAAACUCUCAUAACGUCUUCUUCACAGCUUCAAAGGGAUGUCAUUCUGGUGCACCGAGGUAACUGCAGCUUCACGACCAAGUCAAAUAUUGCCGAAGAGGCUAAUGCUUCAGCUAUUCUUAUAAUAAAUUAUAGAACGGGUAUAUUUGUAAUUUUUAUUACUCAUUCUUUAUUUACUUAUUUUUUUACAUAUUCACAAUGUCCUGCGAGUCAAAUGAAGCUCAAUUUGCGUAAUUUCAUAUAUAUAGCCAAAUGCUACCAUGCACAGGAUUUCUUCGGGAUUUAGUUUGAAAAAUCACUCCUUUUUUUUUUUUUUUUUUUUUUUUUUUUUUU